AUGGAGUCAGAGAUGAUAGCACUAGCCAUUGCUAGUGAAGAAGCAAGCUGGCUUCGAAACUUACUAUCAGAGAUUCCCACAUGGGAAAUACCGACACCAGCCAUACUAAUCCAUUGUGAUAGUACUGCAGCUAUAUUGCAAAAGUUCAGAAUCGUUACUAUAACGGUAAGAGACAAUAGUUGGUUUCCGUGCAAAAUCAUCCAUCCUGCCAUUGCUCUUCUACCUUUUUCGUACCAAUUUGCUGAAUCUGAACGUGUCGUGUAUUUGAAGACCGAGGUGCAACAACAAAAUAUGAAUAUAACAAAGAUGAACACUUCACUUUCCUAUGCUCUUCUCUUCCUGACAAUCUUCACUUUCCUUCAAUUCCCAUCAAUUCUCUCUCGCAAACUAACAGCACAAUCUCCUUAUUCCACUACCACCUUUGAUGUCUCGGCCUCCAUAAACCAAGCCCUAAAUGCCCUUUCCAUCAAACCCAAACCCUUUCAAACUCACUCUUACCAUUCAAAUUCACCUUUAUCUCUCUCAUUGCACCCUAGAUUGACCGUUCAUAACCCUUCUUACAAGGACUAUGGUACUCUUGUUAGGGCCCGACUCGCUCGUCAUGCCACCCGAGUUCAAUCCCUUAAUAGAAAGCUUGAGCUCUCUUUAAAUGGAGCUAAACAAUUUGGUAAAAGAAUUAAUGGAUCCGCGUCUACAAAUUCACUUACUGCUCCGGUUACUUCAGGGGCGAGUCAUGGGGAUGGUGAAUAUUUUGCCCGGAUUGGGGUCGGUCAGCCUGUGCAAUCGUUUUUUUUGGUGCCUGAUACUGGCAGUGAUGUUACGUGGCUUCAAUGUAAGCCUUGUGCUAAUGAGAAUGCUUGUUUUAAACAACUUGACCCGAUAUUUGACCCAAAAUCGUCGUCUUCUUACAGUUCGUUGUCUUGUAAUUCAGAACAAUGUCAAUUGUUGGAUGAAGCCGGUUGUAGUUCCAAUUCGUGUAUCUACGAAGUUGAAUAUGGCGAUGGAUCAUUCACAAUCGGUGAACUCGCCACCGAAACGUUAUCAUUUGGAAAUUCUAAUUCCAUCCCUAAUCUCCCGAUUGGUUGUGGCCAUGACAACGAAGGCCUCUUUGAUGCUGCUGCUGGUUUAAUUGGCCUCGGUGGUGGGGCCAUUUCCCUUUCUUCCCAAUUACAAGCGUCGUCAUUUUCAUAUUGUUUGGUCGACCUAGACUCAGACUCAUCCUCCACUCUUGACUUCAACGCAGACCAACCAAGCGACUCACUCACAUCCCCACUCGUGAAAAAUAAUCGAUUCCCCUCGUUUCGGUACGUGAAAGUAAUUGGAAUGAGUGUCGGCGGGAAGCGUUUACCGAUUUCCUCGUCGAGAUUUGAAAUCGACGAAUCAGGAUCAGGGGGAAUAAUCGUGGAUUCUGGGACGACUAUAACUCAACUACCAAGUGAUGUGUACGACGUGUUAAGAGACGCGUUCGUGGGGCUAACGACGAACCUCCCAACGGCACCAGGGGUAUCACCUUUUGAUACUUGUUAUGACUUAUCAAGUCAAUCGAGUGUGGAGGUCCCGAUCAUAGCAUUCAUUUUGCCAGGAGGAAAAUCUCUAAAACUACCAGCAAAAAAUUGUUUGAUCCAGGUGGACUCAGCUGGAACUUUCUGCUUGGCGUUUCUUCCAGGGACAUUCCCGCUUUCUAUUAUUGGAAACGUCCAACAACAAGGAAUACGUGUGAGUUAUGACUUGGACAACUCUAUCGUUGGAUUUGCGACUAAUAAAUGUUAAAACUCAGCUUGACACGUGGGUGAAAUUUGGGUUUAUUACAUAUAUUAUUCUAAGCCAAUAAAAAUACUAUUGCUUAUCGUACAUUGUGUAAAAAGAAAAAGUUUAUUUAAUAGUGGGUUGAAUUAAUCAAAUGAUGUCAAUGUAAUUUCUUCAUAUUAAUGAUACUGUUUGAUUGCAUGUC